AUGUCUGACGAAUAUUUACAAGAUGGGUUCGACUAUAUGGACCUGAAGGUGUCUGAACUACGAAGGAUUUUACAAGAGAAUAACAUUCCUUAUCCACAAUCUGGUAAAAAAUCAAGGUUACGUGAAAUUUAUGAAAAUAAACUAAUACCGAUGAUUCCAGAGAUUGUUGAAAAGAGAGCAAAUGGCUCUACAGUGAUGACUACUCCAAGGAAAAGAGAUAGAACUGAGAUGGAAAGAAAUAAUCAAAAUGAAAAAGAAAAAGAUGAAGAUUCUUCAUCUUCUUCUAGUUCACAACAUGGUACAGAGAAUAGAGUGAAGAAAAGCCAUGCUUCUUUCACAGAUGAUGAAAACGAUACAUCCAUGUCAUCUAGGGAUUCAUUAAGAAAUGUGGUAGUGCCACAAAAUGUUUCUACUCCAGUGUCAAAGAAACGUAAGGCUGAAGAUAAUAGCAGAAGUUCUACGGGGACUCCCAUUGUUAAUAAAGUACAAAAAAAGAACAGAUCUUAUACAGCAGAUCAUAGAGCUGAUAUCUCAUCAUUACCAUUGUUAUCAUCUGAUGAUGAUGAUGAUAAAGAUGAUUCUAUUUCUGCUAAUAUUACAAAUCAUGGGAAGGAGAAUCAACAAGCACCAGCUUUUGACUUUUCAGUUCAAAGAAGAACAUUAUCACCAGACUUGAAUAAAUUAAAAAUAUCAUCUGAUUUUGCUGAACGUUUAAGAUUAGCUAAAAAUAGUAAUAAGGAUAACGAUACUAAAAAAGAAUCUCAAACUGGUGAAAAUGUGAAACUGGCAGAUACAUUGGGUAUUAAAUCGGGAAGGCCAGCAUUCGAAUUGCAACCCUUUAUUGAAAUUUCUGAUUCCAGUGGAAAUGAUUCCGAUAGUGGUGAUAUCAUUGGAAGUAAAUCAUUACCACUAUUAACUAAAGGGGUUCCGAAUGAUUAUCAAGAGGGAGAACAUAAAAAAUCACAGUCCAAGGUUUUAUCUAUGGAUAAUGAUAAGGAAGACCUUGAAGCUUACAACAAAUCAUUGGAAGGCCAAGAUAUUCUAAAAGUGAGAGUAGAAUCACCAGCAGAAGAUGAAACAGAUGGUGUACAUGGUGACGAGGUUCAAAGCUCAGAAAAUGAAAGUGACGAACUUAAACCCCAAGAAGAAGAAGAAGAAGACGAAGAAGAAGAGAGAGAGGAAUUAGAAGAACAAAAAGAAGAAAUAGAAUUAGAUGAAGAAGAUGAAGUGGCAGAAUUAGAUAAUGAAAUAGAGAAACAACAAGAGGAACAAGAAAAUUUGGGACUUGAGUUGGAUGAUGAGUUAGAUGAGGAAUCAGAACAAAGCAUAAAUAAUAACGAAUAUGAGAGGUUACACCAACGAAUGGAUGAAGAGCUACGUGACCAACUUUCGAAAAAAGACAACGCUGAUAUUGCUCAAAGUGAAAAGAAGACUGUCAUGAGAGAUGGAAGCAAUGAUAUUGAGGAAGUAAAACCUCAAUCAGUUUCAAGUAAAAAGGAUAAUAAAUUUUUGUCCUUUUUGAAUAAUAUUUCCAAAUUUUUGUUCAAAUUAGUUUUAGUGGUAAUUUCUUUAAUCAUUUUGGCUAUUCCAGUUCUUUUGGGUCUAUGGUAUAGAGAACAAAGGGUUACAGUUGGUUAUUGUGGUUAUGAAAGACAAUCUCAAACAUUCUAUGAUAUAUAUCCAUCCAUUCAACAAUUAGGUUAUAUCGAUGAAAUUUUAAAAGAAUACACCCCGGAGUGUAUCCCAUGUCCUGAAAAUUCUAUUUGUUAUCCAUAUUUAAAAUUGAGAUGUAGACCAGGAUAUACAUUACAAAAAUCCAAAUUAAGUCUUUUUGGGUUAAUUCCUAUGAGUGAUAGUUGUGUAAAAGAUGAUAGAAGAGAACAAAUAGUUAGAGAAAUGGUUCAAAAAUCAUUAGAAUUUUUAAGAACAAAGAACGCAGAGAUUUCUUGUGGGGAAAAUGAGAAUGAUAUCGAAAGUGGAAUUUCCCAAAUGGAUCUAUACAAUAUAUUUGCAGAAUCUCGUGCACCAUGGAUUGACAAUGAAGAAUAUGAGAAAUUGUGGGAAGAAGCGUUACAAAAUCUUGAAAAUGAACCAGAGAUUAUUAUGAGGCAAUUACUCCAAGAUGGAUCUAACAUUCCAUUCAACACCGACUUCGACAUACCCACCGAUGAUUUUCAAAGGAAGGAGGGAUAUAUUCAACAAACAAACGGGACUAAGGAAGACAAAUAUGUUCGAUCUACCUCCAAAAAAUACGUCGGGUUAAGAUGUAGGUUUGAAAAAGAGAUUAAUCAGACCUAUAAUAAAUAUAAGGGCACAAUUUGGUUCCUUUGUUUGAUUUUUGCUAUGAUACAGUACACCAAGUAUAAACUUAAGUCAUACUUUGAUAGAAAAGCCAAGAUUGUUGAAAUGACUGAAGAAACAUUGACAAAGUUGAAGAAUUGUAAACAUAAAAAUCCACCCUAUAUCAGUACAGUACAGUUACGUGAUAUUCUACUCAACGACGUCACAAACCUUAAGGAACGGAACAACCUUUGGAACGAAGUGGUAAAAAGGUUAGAAGCGAAUAAUACUAAUAUUAAAUCAAGCCUUCUGGAGAUUCAUGGAGAAAUUAUGAAAUGUUGGGAGUGGAUAGGCCCUAUAGAAACAAGUGAGGAACAAAGUUCUUCUGACAAAGUAAUUUCCCAAAAAGACGAAGAUUAA